AUGGCCUCUCAUGCCCCGCGAGAUCAUUUAGGAUCUAUCUUGGUGAAACACUCUAUCGAGGGUGUCUUCCCAAUUGAUGAUGCUAUUCUAUCUACCCCUCUCGAUCGAUCCACCAUCUCUGAAGCUAUACCGGCACUUUCUAUGGCGAAAGCUGAACUCCAGGCGGAGAUAAUAAAACUUGGCCACGAUAACUCGACAGAAUUCAAGGCAUGGAUAGAAUCAUUGCGGAAGAUACAAGAAGAUACAAGUAAAUCUAGAAAUAUUGCCAAUAAGAUUAUCCUCCUUGCAGAGGAAGAUGAACGGUUUGAGAAAGCCACACAAGAAAAGAAUAUGAAUCUUUCAUUCGUUCAAGAUGAAUUAAAGUACAAUACCAAUCUUUUGUCUGAUUUAAGGCAAAUUCGCAGUUGCCAUCACAAUGUGGAACUGACAGAAAAAUUUAUAAUUGACAGGGAAUGGGCCAAAAGUCUCCUGACACUAGAUUCGGCACGCAAGUCAUACAGGGAUAUCAAACAGAACGGACCAAUAAAAGCUUUACAAGUGCUCGAUCUCAAGAUCGUCGCGUUGCAAGAACAAAUAAAUAACGGACUUCUGAGUCUAUGGGCAGCGUUUGUAGCAAUUGAAAAACGAAGUAAAACUAUUAGAGUGAACAAAAGUCUUCCGACGGAGAAACUCAAACUCGAAGAAGUUGUUGACUGUCUAGAGUCGUUGGGAUAUGCAGUCAAAAUUUCCGAGAAACUACGCGACGACUUAGACAAUCUCAUUAUCAAGCCCCGAACGACUAGAAAAGACGGGAAAUACUCCAUAGCAGUUAGGAGUAACUCAAUAACCCUGGAAUCAGUAUCAGACGAUGGGAUCGAAAGUAUUUUGGCCGAGAUAGAAACACUCGUAAGAUUUCUUAUACUUGUACUCCCGACAAGUGUAAAAGAACCUCUUUUCGAAUCUUUGACUUGUACCCUUUCACUACGGAUCCUGACCGAAUUCCUGGACCAAGCUAUACCUAGUUCCCUCGAUGAAGUGAAAGGAUUCAAUAAGAUCAUAGAACAAGCUAAAGUGUUCAUUACGAAUAUGAAAUCCAUUCACUGGACUGGAUUAGACGAGUUCGAACGAUGGGUAGAUAACUUCCCAAAAAUAUGGUUAGACAAGCGGAGAGGAUAUAUUUUGGACCAGAUUAGAAGGCAAGUACUCAUGGGAAUAGGUGUUCCGAUACUAGUAGAAAAAGCAAAAGAAUCUAGCAAUCAGCAGAACGAAAAUCCUGGUCUUGAUUCAAAAAACGAAAUGGUCUCACAAGAUUGGGAUGCAGCUUGGGAUGGAGAUGAGGAUCUUUUAUCUGAGACACAAGAUCGAGAGUAUCCGAACUCAAAUUCGAUAGACGAUGACUUAGAAGACGAAGUAGUCGAUGCCUGGGGCUGGGGUGAAGAAACAAUAGAAGAUAAAAGUCCUGAAAUAAGGAAAGACAGGGUAGAAAACCACGCGUCACAGUUAGGGUCCACAAGUGCUGCAUCCUCAUUGAACUACUUCCAGGAUAAGCAAAAAUUAAGAGGAAAUGAAAAUUAUUGGAUUUCUGCCUUACCCCAAGUAGUUCUAAAAACAGUUAUUGAAACAUUCGAGGAUUUUGCCGAUCUCAACCUACCAACAAAUAUUGAGAAUCCCUUAGCCGAAUGUGCGUCUGGGUUGCUGAAUCUAUCAAUCCAAAUUUUAGUCAUUUAUCGUGCGGCAUCAUCUGCUUGUUAUGCCCAUCAGCCUGCUGGAAGCAUGUACUGCUACAACGAUUGUACUUGGCUAGCUGAAAAUAUACGGGCUUUUGUGUCAACGUGGAAGCGGUGGUCUGAAAUUCCGUUCUCAAUUCGUAGCGCCGACAAAAUCAUGGAAGAAGUUGUCAGAGUCGAACAGUUUGGGAAGCGGGCAUACAAGAAUGAACUAAAUUCUCAAAAGUGUAUAAUUAAUGAUCUACUCGGAGACACCCAAAAUAUCUUUCAACAAGAAAAUUCGCCUAGGGAUGUAGUCGAGAAGAGUAUAUACUCCGCUACUCAUCAUAUUCGUCAACAAGCUGCACUGUGGGAUAACAUUUUACCGCCUUCAGCUAGAAAUUCAGCAACAGGUUCUCUCAUCAAUACGAUAGCUACAAAGCUUAUCAGUGAUGUCUUUGAUAUGCCUGAUAUAGGGGUUGAAGAGGCAGAACAUAUCGCCACCACGUUAUCUAGGGUUGAAGAACUCGAUGAUCUUUUCUUAAUUUCUGAAUUACCGGAUAUGCCAGAAACAGCUCCCUACGGAAGUCCGAUCCCCCAAACGUCACAAUUUGCAGACCAAUGGAUGCGUAUGAAAUUUCUCAGUGAAGUUCUUCAGAGUAACUUGAAGGAUAUCAAGUUUCUCUGGUUCGAAAGUGACCUUAGUCUCUACUUCUGCGCAGAUGAGAUCAUUGAAUUAAUACGCCUAAGCUUUCAAAUGAACGCAGGUGUGCGGCAAUUGGUCAAAGAGAUCGAAGAUAGUCCCCGUCCAAAAGACCUAGAUAUAUAG